AGGCCGAUCGCGGCUCGAGGCCCGCGCGGAGCGCCGCCGCUGGCCCCGCGAGCAGAUGGCGGCGGUGGGGCUGGCUCUCGGCACCGCAGGCCGUGCGGUCCCCAGCGAGGAGGACGAGCGGGUGAGCCGGGCGCUGCAGCGGGCCGUCCUCGAGGUCGAGGACCGCGUCCUGGGACACAACCAGGAGCGGCUGCGCGAGUGGUCCCAGGGCCAGCAGGACGCCUUCGACCGCGCGGGGGAGAAGGACAGCCAGGCGGUCGCCGCGCAGAGGCAGCUGCUGGAGGAGUGCGAGAGGGCGAUCAAGCAGGAGCUCGCCGCCAUCGAGAACGAGCGGGAGCUCGCGCGGCUGAGGUACGAGGACCAGCACGCCGAGUUCGAGGAGAGCGCGCGGGAGGUGCUGGCGGAGCUCGGGCGCGAGCGGGUGGGCCACGUCAGCGAGGUCGUGGCAGGCGCGGCGAGGGAGCUGGAGGCGUGCAGGAAGAAGUGGGAGGACGAGGAGUGGCGGCAGCUGGAGGCCAGGAUGCAGGCCGUGCUGUGGAAGCACGUGCGCAGCUUCGUCGGCAGCCUCCCAGCGCACGACGCGGCCACGCAGGGCCUGCUGCAUGCGUGGGACCCCGGCGAGAUGCAGCGGGUGCUCGAGGAGGAGAAGGAGGGCUGGCUGAGG